AGGUUGUGACAAAGAAGGAAACAGUGUGUUUAGCGAUGCAGAAGGAAUGCAUUGGAGGUGCGAAACCGCGUGGAUCUCUCUGUGUGUGGAGAUGAUGACAAUUGGACAUUUUGUUGGGGUGGAGAACGAGACUAUACGAUUAGAUGGUUGGGAGGUGCGUUUUCUGAAGGGUUGUGAAUACCUUAAAGGGAAGGCUACAGCAUUGGCGUAUUGCGGUGGAGAUGGGAGGGUCGGUGGAGGUGCGUUGGCAGUGUUCAAGGGCGUUUGUCAGUGGGCUGAGGAGCACGUAGGUGGACGCAUGUGGGAAUGCUUGGGAUGUGAGGCAUCUUUUAGGCGGUUCAGGGAAUUCCUUGAAUUUGCACGCGAAGCUUUGUUGGACGUGUUUAACGUUUGUGCUAAGGCAUAG